GGGAGGAGGGACAGUGGACCAAAGGGAGCGCGCGGAAGGAAAGACAGGCAGAAUCCUCCUCCAAGUUCUUCUCAAGCUCCCACAGGCGCCUUUCCUUCCCUGCCCGCGCGCCUCUGUUCCAGGCGCACAGGCCCCUUUGCGCACCGCGCGGGUGAGGGCGCACAGCACAGGCCCGGAGCCGCUGCUGCUGAGGAGCAAGCAUGGCAGGGCUGCUGCCGCUGCUUCUAGCUGGCUUCCUUCUGCCCGGGCUCCUGCUCUCAGAGGCUGCCAAAAUCCUAAAUGUGGCCUUUCUGGGGGGAAGCCAUCAUCUACUGAUGGAGCGGAUGUCUCAGAUUCUUCAAGAUCAUGGGCAUAAUGUCACUUUACUUCACCCGGGAAAAAAUUCAACCAUAUCAGAUUUUAAAGAUGUGGAAAAAACAUACAAAGUUAUCACUUGGCUGCGACCUGAAGAGUUUAACAAAGAAUUUGAGAAGUAUUUUGAUUCAUUCCUGAAAGACGCUAUGGCUGACAGAUUUGAACACAUAAUAGAAAUGAUGCAACUGCUGGGGCGUCAGUGUACUCAUUUUCUCAGAAGCGAUAUCCUGGAUAUCCUAAAGAAUGGGAACUUCGACCUGAUGACGUUGGACAGUUUUGACUACUGUGCUUUGCUGAUUGCUGAGAAGCUUGGGAAGCCAUUUGUGUCUAUUGUGCCCACCACGUUCGGUACCGCAGACAUUGGGCUACCAAACCCUCUGUCUUACGUGCCGGCAUUCCAGGCCUCGCUAACAGACCACAUGGAUUUCUGGGGCAGAGUAGAGAAUUUUCUGAUGAGCUUUAGUUUCUUCUGGAGUCAAUGGCUGAUGCAAUCUACGUUUGACAAUACCAUCAAAGAGCAUUUUCCAGAAGGCUCCAGGCCAGUUUUGUCUCAUGUGUUGAAGAGAGCAGAGUUAUUUUUUGUUAACUCUGACUUUGCCUUUGAUUUUGCUCAGCCUCUGCUUCCCAACACUGUGUAUGUUGGAGGCUUAAUGACCAAACCUGUUAAACCAGUACCACAAGAAUUUGAGACAUUCAUUGACCAGUUUGGAGACUCUGGUUUUGUCCUUGUGGCUUUGGGCUCCAUUUUGAGCAUUACGCAGACCCAGGAGAUUCUUAAGGAGAUGAACAGUGCCUUUGGUCAACUGCCUCAGGGGGUGAUAUGGAAGUGUAGUCCUUCUCAGUGGCCCAAAGAUGUCACAUUGGCAGCAAAUGUGAAAAUCGUGGACUGGCUUCCUCAGAAUGACCUCCUGGCUCACCCUCGUAUCCGUCUUUUUGUCACCCAUGGAGGGUUGAACAGCAUAAUGGAGGCCAUCCAGUAUGGCGUGCCCAUGGUGGGGGUUCCCAUCUCAGGAGACCAGCCGGGGAACAUGGUCCGAGUAGUAGCCAAAAAGUUGGGCGUCUCUCUCCGGUUCCAGCAGAUCAAGGCUGAGACAUUGGCUCUGAAGAUGAAGGAAGUCAUUGAAGACAAGAGGUACAAAUCGGCAGCGGUGGCCGCCAGCAUCAUCAGGCGCUCCCACCCCCUGACCCCCGCCCAGCGGCUGGUGGGCUGGAUCGACCACAUCCUCCAGACAGGGGGCGCGGCGCACCUCAAACCCCACGCCUUCCAGCAGCCGUGGUACGAGCAGUACCUGCUGGACGUCCUCUUGUUCCUGCUGGUGCUCACCCUGGGCACCGCGUGGCUCUGUGGGAAGCUGCUGCGGCUGGCGGCCAGGUGGCUGUGUGGGGCCGGGAAGCUGAAGAGGGCCUGAUGCACAGCGCAGACUCGGAGGGGGGUCGGGGGGCCACCGGCGCUUCGAAGACUUACCCCAGCACAGGCCACCCCCGUGGCCCCUCACCUCCACCAGAACCGCGGCACAAAGACUGUCUCGUGCUGUUUUCUGCCUCUGUCUGGAAAGUCUUAUGAAGCAAUCUUGGGCUGCUUCUUUAAAAAAAAAAUUAUGGUAAAAUAAAAUAUC